AUGCAACGGUCAUCAGCGGUCGAGCACGGAGUAAAAUAGUAGGGGCGGUCUGGUACGAGUACAAGAGCCAAAUGCACGUUAAGCCGGCCUUGAUCCAUGUGCAUGCAUGCAUGUGAUCACAUGAAUCAAUGUAACAUCGUGCCAUGUGCACUCAGCGCCUAGAUCAGUGCAACGGUACUAUUGAUUAAUACUCUACCGCGCCCUGGCCGGCCAAAACAAAUACUGUCUACUCCAUAACCUUAAUGUUGAUGUGAACUUGCCCGGUUCCUAUAAAGAACAGUGCUGCAGCACCUAAACCUACAACAACCGCUAUACACUCCUCAGCCAAACAACAAAUCUGCUAUACUAAUCAACAAGCCAUGGCCAUGAGUAUGGCAACCGGCGCCAUGGGCUCCCUGCUGCCCAAGCUGGUCAAGCUCCUCAAGGAGGAGUACAAGCUCAAGGAGAGCGUCAAGGAAGGCGUCCGAUCUCUUGAGGAAGAGAUGAAGAGCAUGCAAGCUGCGCUCCGCAUGGUGGGCGAGGUGCCGCGGGACCAGCUCAACGAGCACGUCAAGAUCUGGGCAGCCGAGGUGAGGGAACUCUCCUUCAAGAUGGAGGACAUCGUCGACAAGUUCUUUGUGCGUGUCGAUGACGGCUCUGAGCCUGCUGCCAGUCCGAAGAAGCUCAAACGGCUCACCAAAAAGAUGGUCGGCCUGUUCACCAAGGGGAAGGCCCGCCAUGAGAUCUCCGAUGCAAUCAAGAGCAUCAAUAAGAAAGUACAAGAGGUUGCUGAUAGGCGUGCAAGGUACAAUGUUGACAAUAUUGUCGCCAGGCCUGCUGCUGUGACUCCCAUCGAUCCUCGCCUUGGGGCUCUAUACAAGGAAGUGACAGAUCUUGUUGGCAUUACGGGCACAAGGGAUAAAGAGAUAAUAAAGUUGCUCUCAGAGGGGGACGACGUGUCCAAGAAAAAGUUGAAGAUCAUCUCUGUUGUUGGAUUUGGAGGACUGGGCAAGACAACUCUUGUCAAAACAGUUUAUGACAAGAUCAAGGGAGAUUUCGAGUGCAGGGCUUUUGUUCCUGUCGGUCGAAAUGCUAAUGCGAAGGAGGUUUUCAUGGACAUCCUGCAUGAGCUUGAUCCUCAAAAGGACAAAGGUCAGCUCACCAUGUUGAAUGAAAGACAACUUAUUGACAAAAUCCAACUACGUCUCGAGAACAAGAGGUACCUCGUUGUAAUUGAUGAUAUAUGGGAUGGAAACUUGUGGACAGUUAUAAACUGGGCAUUCUCCAACAACAACACUUUGGGUAGUCGGCUAAUCACGACAACUCGUAAAGUCGAUGUAGCUGAAUUAUGUUGCACAUCUCCUAAUGGUUCAGUCUAUCAAAUGAAACCUCUUAGUGCUGAUGAUUCCAAACGUCUCUUCUAUAGAAGGUUAUUUUCUCAUGAGAGUGGAUGUCCUCUUGAAUUUGAAGAAGUGUCCAUGGAUAUAUUGAAGAAAUGUGGUGGAGUACCAUUGGCAAUUAUUACAAUAGCUAGUUCUCUGUCUAGUGGCCAGCAGGUAAAGCCAAAGGAUGAGUGGCAUGUUUUGCUAGAGUCUAUUGGCCGUGGACUUACCGAAGACCCCAGUGUAGAGGAGAUGUUGAGGAUACUAUCGUUUAGCUACUAUGACCUGCCUGCUUAUCUGAAGACAUGCUUACUGUAUCUAAGCAUGUUUCCGGAGGAUCACAAGAUCAUGAAAAAUCAAUUGAUAUGGAUGUGGAUUGCCGAGGGUUUUAUCCAAUGUGAAACAACACAAUCUAGUCUCUUUGAGAUUGGAGAAAAUUACUUCAAUGAGCUUGUGAACAGAAGCCUUCUCCAGCCAGUAUAUGUUAAUAAUAUGUCUGGCCAUGUACAUGCCUGUCGUGUGCACGACAGUGUGCUGGAUCUAAUUUGUCUUUUGGCAAGGGAAGAGAACUUUGUUAGUGUAUCGAAUGGUAGCAUCUCAUCUCAGGGCAAUGUCCGCAGGCUGUCCCUCCAGAAGAUUAUCAAAGAAGAACAUGAAACCACACCUCUUGAAUCUGUGAGUAUGCUACAAGUGAGGUCCAUUGCAACAUUUGAACCUGCUAUGGGCCUGAUGUAUCAUCUCUCAAGCUUUGUUGUUUUACGUGUAUUGAAUUUGAGUACAUGCCAACUUUAUGAUCAUAACCUUUGGGGGUUGUGGAGUUUAGUUCACCUGAGGUACCUAGGGCUAUCUGAUACACAACUUUGGGAGCUCCCAGAAGAGGUUGGAAAGUUGCGGUAUUUGCAGGUGUUGGAUUUGAGUGGAAACCUUAGUAUGAAACAACUGCCAUCGAGUAUUACUAAACUGAGAAGAUUGAUGUGCCUACUUUAUGUGAAAACAUGCAAUCGAUUUCCAGAUGAGAUUGGAAACCUGACAUCAAUGGAAGAGUUGAGUUGUAUCCAUGUUGACUCUCUAAACAUUGUGAAAGAGAUGGGCAACUUGAAAAGAUUGAGGAAGUUUGAAGUUGAGUUUGAGCAUUUGAGCUUGGAGUUGCAGGAAGCUUUUUUGAAGUCACUAGGGGAAAUGUCCAACGUCCAAAGUGUAACUAUUACAAUUGAUGGUAGAUAUAAAAUGAUGGAUCUCUUUGGGGAAAAGUGGGUUCCCCCUCGAGGUCUCCGGGAAUUGAAAUCAUGCUUUGGGAGAGAAUUUAGAUUCUCUAGGAUGCCAGCAUGGAUAAGAGAGAACCCCUCGCAGCUGGCGCAGCUCUCACACUUAUUCAUUGCUGUGAAGGAGGUGCAACAGGUUGAUCUGAGACUGCUUGGAAGGUUGCCGGCUCUUGUUAGUCUCUUUUUGAAGAGCCUCCGCCAUGGGCCGCUACUAAUUGACGCUGAUGGGUUCCGUUGUCUAACAGAAUUCACCUUAUGGUCCAGUUCGCCGGGACAAGUCAUGUUCCAGUCAGGAGCUUUGCCCAUGGUGGAUUUGAUUAUUUUCCGUACCGGCCUGCCGGUCGUUGGUGAUUGGGUUGACAUGGGCAUUGAGAACCUGCAGUCGCUUCGGUUGGUCAAUGUCGAAAUCUGCAUUUCGCCAAUGGAAUGUGACUAUGAGGCCGCCCACAAAGUGUAUUCCGUACUAGAGAAUGCAUUGCCUGCCCAUCCUAACAGCCCUAAGUAUGUUGUCCGCAUAACAGUCAACGACAGUGACGAGAACGAGUCAAAGGGUGGUGACGACGACGAGUGGGAGUGA